AUGCAUCAAAUUAAUCGAAUUCAUUCAAUUACAACAUUAUUAAAAUUGCGUUUUUAUAAUACCGCAUUUAUAAAAAAAGAGAAUGUUAUUAUUCGUUUUUAUAGCAAUAAAAAUAAUUUAACCUCAUUCAAAUUAGUAUAUGAUAAUCCAAAGAUUAAAAUUAAUUUUUCUAAACAACAACCUCAAAUAAUUUUAAAAAGAGGUUUAAAUCAAGAUACUAAUGCUGCGGGUGUUUGGGAUACUUUUCCUGAUCCAUUUCAACCGAUUGUAGAAAAAUCUGCUGAAACUGCGUUAGAUAGGGACAAUGAUCCGAAAUCGAAUAAAAAGGACCCUGAUGAAAAGAAGAGACGAUCAUUUCUAUCACCUCGAGUCAUGGAUGCUGUUUUGACAACUGUAAUGGGAUUAGCUGCUGUUGGCCUUGGUGUUCACAAAGUAGAAUUGGCGUUCACAAAACCUGCACCGUUAAUAAAAACUAGAACAGGAGAAGACUUCUUCAAAAGAGAUGAAUCAAAAAAAAUUCGUGAAGUUGUAAAAGGUCGCGCUCCUGGAAAAUACUUUUUAAUUGUAGGUGAACGAGGAACGGGAAAAACUCAAUUAAUUUUAAAUGCAAUGGAUAGAAUUAAACAAUAUGGUGUUGUAUUUACUGAUGCACAUUCAGAUAAUGAAAUUUUUAAAGUUAGAUUGGGUAAAGCUCUAAACUAUACUUAUAGAGAAGAUUACGUUGGUCAGCUUUUUGCCAGAGAAGCUCCUGAACGAGGUUCCGCAUUACUUGAUGUUGAAAAAGCUUUAAAUAUGGUAGAAGCAGUUGCAAUAAAAUAUUCUAAAAGACGUGGUCGCCCAUUAGUUCUUGUUAUCAAUAACAUUCAUGCACUUAAAGAUGAUGAAGAAGGUGAUGAUCUGUUAGAAUUAUUGCAACAACGUGCUGAAUCAUGGGCUGCUACUAAGAUUAGAGAUGCUUCCCGAAUGGAGGUUAUAAGAGUAAGUGAAUUAAAAGAUGAAGAGGCGGUAAACUUGUUAAAAGCAAAACGAAAAAACGACUCUGAAGAAGACCUGAGAAAAAUUGUUAGUCGAAUUGGUGGUCGUCUUUCUUAUAUUGAUAAAUUAGCCAGAGAACCUGACAUUAAUGUAGCAGUUGACAAAUUAGAAAAUGAAGAACGAACUUGGAUAAUUAAUCAAAUAGGUCUAAUUCCUAAUUUUGAAGAAAGUGCUUUUGAUGAUCAAAAAUAUGCUUCAUGUGCUUGGAAAUUAAUUCAAAUCGUCAAUAAUGAUACAUUUAAUGAUACAUUAGAAAAUGUUUGUGAAAGAGUUGAAGAAGUUGAUAAAGAACAAAGAACGAGGGAGUUAAUAUGGAGUAAUAAGAAUGACCAAGUGGUUAGAGUUGGAAAACCUAAUAGAAGAAGUUGGUUUUGGUAA